UUAACUCAAUGCAGGACACGAUCUUGAUCUGUGGAUGAUCUCCGGUUGCGCAAUCCUGGACUUCUCUCACUUGAGCGCUGAGACUCAGUCAGACAGUCCAAAGAAACUUUCAUUACAGCAGCAGGCGAAACUCGCCGUUCUUCUGUGAAGAUUGAGCUGAACCAAAUAUUGUUAUGUUUUUCACACUAUGUGCUGAACGCCCCCACAAUGCCAGGAAAUAUUUAAGAACUGUGAUCUUUGGAAGAGCUUUAUCGGUUCCAGUGGAACCUCUAGGACUUAGCGCCGUAUUGCUUUACUCAAAACGCACAUUGAUACAAAUGCAGCAAUAAGAGAACAUUUUGGGGACCGGUGCAUCACAGACCGCUCUUUGCUACAAUGCCCGUGCAAGCCCCGCAAUGGACCGAGUUUCUGUUGUGUCCCAUCUGCACGCAAACCUUCGAGGAGAGCCACCGCAAGCCCAUCAGCCUGGGCUGCGGACACACCGUGUGCAAAAUGUGCCUGAACAAACUGCACCGCAAGGCCUGCCCAUUUGACCAGACCGCCAUCAGCACGGACAUCGAGCAGCUGCCCGUCAACACUGCCCUGCUGCAGCUUGUCAGCGGCCAGGUAUCCAAACCUCCACCCGUCACCUUACUGACAGCUGCAGAGGACGUCAAGCACUAUGAGGAGUCCCGCACAUGUGUGGAAGACCUGGCACUCUAUCUUAAACCCCUGAGCAACACCAGAGGUGCAGGGCUGAAUGGCGCCACUCAGAGCGUGCUCAGCAGGCCCAUGCAGCGGAAGCUGGUGACUCUGGUGCACUGCCAGCUGGUGGAGGAGGAGGGCCGCAUCCGGGCCAUGCGGGCGGCCCGUUCUCUGGGUGAACGUACUGUCACUGAGCUCAUCCUCCAGCACCAGAACCCCCAGCAGCUCUCCUCCAACCUGUGGGCUGCCGUCAGAGCCAGAGGCUGCCAGUUUCUUGGCCCUGCCAUGCAGGAAGAAGCAUUGAAGCUGGUUCUUCUCGCUCUGGAAGAUGGUUCGGCCCUUUCACGGAAGGUUCUGGUCCUGUUUGUGGUCCAGAGGCUCGAACCACGUUUUCCUCAGGCCUCAAAAACCAGCAUAGGACAUGUGGUGCAGCUCCUCUACAGGGCCUCCUGCUUUAAGGUCACUAAACGUGAUGAGGAUUCCUCCUUGAUGCAGCUGAAGGAGGAGUUUCGCACAUAUGAGGCUCUUCGGAGAGAACACGACUCUCAGAUCGUUCAGAUUGCAAUGGAGGGUGGACUGCGUAUCGCCCCUGACCAGUGGUCAUCUCUACUGUACGGCGACCAGUCCCACAAGUCCCACAUGCAGUCCAUUAUAGACAAGCUGCAGACACCAGCAUCCUUUGCUCAGAGUGUUCAGGAACUCACCAUUGCCCUUCAGAGAACCGGAGAUCCAGCCAAUCUCAACCGCCUCAGACCCCAUCUGGAGCUGCUGGCUGACAUCGACCCCAGCCCAGAUGCCCCUGCACCCACAUGGGAGCAGCUAGCCAAAGGGUUGGAAGCGGUGCGGACCGUUGUUCACGGCCUGGUGGAUUUCAUCCAGAACCAUAGCAAAAAGGGAGGUGAUCAGCAGCAGCCACCUCAGCACAGCAAAUACAAGACCUACAUGUGUCGGGACAUGAAACAAAAAGGCGGCUGUCCUCGUGGAGCAAGUUGCACCUUCGCUCACUCUCAGGAAGAGCUUGAAAAGUACCGUAAGAUGAAUAAACGUUUGGGAUUGCGCCGACAGCUUAGUCAGUCCCUGACCCAGCUGAACGAGAUGGACCUCGCCGCUGGUCUGUUAUCUGACGAGGGGCUGCAGAUGGAGGGCCUUCCACGCAAACCCUCUUCCAUCACCAACGGCAUCCUAGCAGCAGGACCUGGAUCCACUCUGGCCCACCUGGUUUCUAGAGGCUCGGACCCGUCUUAUGAGCCAUCACACAAACCAGGGAAGAUGGACUCGGGGAGCCUCAGUGCCCCUGGCUCACCUCCAGACUCAUUGGAAUCCAUCCCAAAAUCAGGAAUGCUUACAAAUGCCCUCUCUAGGGUGGCUGGCGAUGGCUCAGUCGGACAGAAGCACAUGCCUGCUGUGCCUAGAGUUCCUUACCCAUAUUCACCACACCAGUCUGAACUGUAUUACUCUGAAGCUAGAGUGCCGCCGCCACCAUCCGCCCAAUAUGAAUCCUCCCAGUACCCUGCAGGUAAUCCUUAUCCCCACCACCACGUCCACCCACGCUACACCCGUCAUCCCGCUCCAGAUCCAGGCAUGCCACCAUAUCCGGACUCUUAUCCCAGCUCCUAUUCCUCAAAGCACCAGUAUGCCAACCCUAGCUCCCAUUAUGGAUACCCUUCACACCACGAUGGCCGUCGCCACUCAGCCUACGCCCAUCCCCAAACAUUCACCCCACGGGAGGAAAUGGUCCGAAGGAGUCCGGACAUUCCCCCGCCACUACAGCCCCAAAGCGCCGCUGCCUCGUACCUGCCGGAAUCAGCUCAGGAAAGAUAUGCCACAGAGAACUAUAACCACUCCAGUCAGAUCAGGAAUUACCACAGGAAUGCCUACACACGAGCACAGCCCUCCCUCGACUAUCUGCACCGUCGCAGACAGGAGAUCAUGGCCCAGCUGGAGGAGAGAAAGGUUGUUUCCUCGCCACCCUUCGGCUCCUCGCACUCGUACGACCCCAGCUACCCUCAGGACAUGAGGGGACAGAGCCAUUACAUGGAGGAGAACUCCCACGGUUUUGGACACUUCCGGGAUCCGGACUACACUGCCUCAUAUUCCCCUUGGUCAUGUGACACCUUCAGUUCCUACAUCGGCAGCAAAGAUAUGAAGUCCAAAGAGGGCAUGAACUCCAUGGAAACACAAAAUAUAGACAAAGGCAAAAGUCUGAGAGCGCACAACUUGGAGCUUCAACGCAGAGCGGCAGACGUGAAAGACGACGACCCCAUCAUUCCCUUUGGCUCCCUGCCGACUGUGUCUCGUUUUGGAGCCAUUUCGCGCACGUCUAAACCGGGCUACCCGCCAAACAGUACGAUGCCGCCUUUGCCUAACUCUGCCAAACACGCUGCUGACUACACCUACGUGAACCACAGCGGGUGGAGCGGCGACUCCUACCAGCCGCACCAAACGUCUCAGGGGCACUUCAACGAGCGAUCCCCUGCUGUGCAGGUGCGUGAACAGCUGAGGAUGGAGCUACAGCAGGUCAACCAGCAAAUCAGUCAACAGACUCAGAGCCGCAGCCUUGAGAAGCCAAGCUCAGUGAUGUCCCAGCCACCUCGAGUGGACUGGUCCUCUGGGAGUAUGUCCAGUGAACAGCUGAGUCUCGAGCUGCACCAGGUGGAGAGAGAGAUCGACAUUAGGACACAGGAGAUGGCCAUGGAGAACCACGAUGGCAAGUACAAGCGGGUCUCAGUCGAAAACGGACAAGACGAACACGCUUUGCAACGAGAGGAUCAUCCACUAACUCUUAGUGAGGGCUUAAACGGCUCCAUCAGUUUGGUCCAGGACUGCGGUCUUGUCAGUAGCAGCAUGUCCUCACUGACCAGCAAGACGUCAUCUCUCAGUUUGUCCUCUGAACAGGUGGCCAGCAGCCCUGAUCUGCCCAAGAACGGAGUUGUCCACUCCUAGUCGGCUUUUUCUACCUCAGAUUCCCCUUCUGCAAACCACCGGAGCGCUCAGUAACCAGGUGGCUCUCUUGUCCCAGGUUUAACCCUCUGGAGCAGGAUGCUCCAUCAUCGCUGUAUAACACACCCCAAUGCAUUCGCUUAAUCCUGAUCGUUAGCUUCCUCCGCUGACCCUCCAACACCCGUCAGGCAAAUAUGGGUGGAGUUUGGGUGGGAUUCACUGUGCAUGUGCCUCAAGAGACUUGCACAUUCAUGCCCUGAUUUAGUUCCUUUUUUUACAGCAGUAUCUGCUGUUGAGUAUUUUCUUCUUUUGUAUGCUUUUCCUGAGACAAGCCUUUUUUCAUUGCCUCAUAAAUCAGGGUGAAUCCAAAAUAUCCUCAGUCUUAAGUAUUUGUCAGGCAACAUCUAUAACAUGAUCUCACUUAUGUUGUUUAAUGAUCAUUAAUCCACUAUCUUGGGUUUCAAAAUUUCAUUUUUUCAUAAUGUGCUACGUUUUCGGUAGUUACGCUCCUUUUUGUGCUUGGUGUGGCAUUUACACUUCUUCUGAGUUUACAGUGUUCAAAUUCAUCAUUUUUUACUAUAACUGCAGACUUGCUGCAUAUUCACCCAAACAGAAACCAUUUUGUUUUAUGAUGAGGGUCAAAAUUAUGUGUCAUGUUUCAUACGUUAGGCUUCAUUUUGGCUUUUACAGUGUGAUUGUUACAAUGCACAUUAUUGUGUGUUACAGUAAUGCUCGUAAAUCCAAAUGUUAACUGAAUUGACCUUGAUUGCACUCCAAACUAACCCAAAAGCCCCAAGAGUCUUAAUAGGGCCCUUGUAUUGUUUUCAGUGUAUUACACUGCACUGCCUGGGGGAUUUCGAUUGAACCGCCUGCAAUCAUCAUCAUCUUCUGCCGUAAUGUCCUCAGGGAUGCAUUAUUCAGCCUCUUUUUUUUUUUUUUUUUUUUUUUUUUUGUGGAUGUGGAUAGAAAUAACAAUCCAGGUCAGUCUGGUUUUUUUCAUAGUGGGUAUACAUAAAUUUUCCAUCCUGAGGAUGGAAAGAAAGCCGCUACGAUAAUGCAUAAAGAUGCAUUCUGUUGUAAGAAUGCGUAUGUACUUCUCUUCACUUUGUCAGUGAAAUUACGAUCUUCAGAACAAGCCACAUUUUUCGUGUAUGCGGUUUUUUCACUUUGAAAGAUGUAGCGUAUAUUCAGAGCAAAAACGAAGACUUUGAUCCAGCUGUAGCCGCCUCAAGACUCUCCUUCAUUCUCUGUUACAUCUUUGAAGUUUAAAGACCAUUGUUUUGAUGGGCCGGUUCGAUCGAAUUCCCCUACAGGCUGGGCUCAACCGUGUACAUCACAGUCCUCCUCAACUUCAUUCAAAUACUGAUGGGGGAUUAACAGAGCUCCUGUAAUUUGUGUUACACCAUGUGACCUGUCUGGCUGUUUAAACUAGAAAGAGUUGGACUCCUUAUCUUUUAAGAGAGCCAAUCUACUAAUCAAGAAUAUUUCCAUAUUUCACAUUAUUGGGAAUUUUUUCUGACCCAACCAAAAAUAUAUUUUAUGUCAGUCCCACCACUAGCCAGUUCUGUUUUUUUUUUUUCGUGAUAAAUGUAUUUACUGUGAGGCGUUUGGCACAUAAAAACAUCAAGAGUGACUGCCUAUGGCUUAUACAUUGUGUUGCUGGGUAUAAAAGUCAAAGUUUGUAGAAUCUGCAGACAUUUUUUAAUUUUCUGGGCAUAUUUUGGCGUGUGAACGCAUUAUCAAACUAGCUAAAAUAAACAACAUGCAAAGAUGCUAGACGACGAUGUUCUCAGAUUCUGCCUGAACCUUGGCAUUUUUAGGCUCAUCAGCAAUUGCAUUAAAAUGGGACUGUUAAAUUUGUUUUAUCGUUAAGGUACACAACACAUCGUCAUAUUUCCGUUAGCUAAUCUGCAGUCAACACUGCUGUAGGUUUAUCAAAACACUUGCGCUGUAAAUCUCAAACUUGCAUUCUUCCAUGUAGAUCGCUUCCUUGGUGGUGAGAUCUCAUCACUUAAGACACAGUCAUGCCUCGAUAAUUUAGCUUUAAGUUGGAAAUUAGUUUGCUUUAUUUUUAGCAUAUAAUAGUCUCUUGAGACAUUCUGCCGCAACCUUAAAAGCACCUAUUUUGGUGGAACUUCUGUUAAGUUGGAGUUGAUUUCUAUUGUUUUUAUUUACGUUAUUACGAUAUUACUGUGGCUUUGGUCUGAGCUUUUGACAUUUAAGCAAUCGUCAAGAUUGGAUAUUUCUUCGUUUAGGUAACAGAACUGUGAUGCACAGUGUAGACUUUAAGGAUAGCACAAAUUUACCCAAAAUUUGUUCGAAAGAAACAGAAAAGCAGAAGCUUUUUGUUGAUGUUGGUUUGAAGCCAAAUGGAUUACAAACUUUAUUGGCGUUUAGUUAAAGGCGAAGGUGAAUUGAAAUGCUCUUGUAGGAAUUUUUAGUAUCUAGGAUGCGUUCUAGGUUCACUUGGGUAACGUCAUCUUCAUUUUUUUCAUUUUAAAGGAACACCUGUCUUUAUCUCAGGGUUGGUUUUUAGUGUAUUUGGGUGUAAACGUCUUUGUCCCAUUGUGCACUCUUUUUGUUUUCAGGACUGCAAUUGUCUGUUUCGAGACUUGAAGACUUCAGGACUGUGCCUUUAUGCAGAUCUGCAGUUAUUCACAUAUUGGGUGUGUAGAUGUAGCUGAACCAUCUUUAUUUAUAAUAUUCAACUCUUCUCAGUCUAAGUCAGCAUUUAUAUUAAAUGAUCUCUUCGAAUAUGCAGGCUUUUAGACCGCCAAACUGAGUACUGCCUAUCCUUUCUGAGAUAAAGGAAUUUAUUGCCAGGUCAUUUGUUGUUGUAGCCAUUUUGUGUAUCUUUUGUGCAAGUGAACUUGAGUAUUUAAGCAUGCUACAUGGUGUGAUGGUGGUCUUUUGAUGUUAGGGUUCUUUGAAGAGUCUAAAUUGGAACAGGAAAACAAGGACAGUCUGUGAAUUUUGUCAUAGUUUGAUAUCGAUAUUCAGAGAGAGAGUAUCAAGGCUCAUAUUUAAUGACAUUAUUGGAGGUCUGAUACAGGUAAACAAAUCAAGGUUUACUGUUCUCAUAAAAGCCAUUGAUACAGUCCUCGACAGCUCCUUUGUACCAAAUUGAGACUGAUUUUUCAUUGUUUCCUUGAACGAAACGCAGAUUGUAUGAACACUUGCAGAAGGGCUUAAUUUCUUGUGGUUUUGAAAUUGUGUUUGAAGUCAGCCAUUUGAAAACCCACUUUUAAACUUGUUGCAAAGCAACAUUUACAUGAUCACGCGACGAGCCAAUGGGAAUCACUAUCGAUUUGAAAAGGGAACCAAAAUGUUUACUACGGUGAAUCUCAUGAAACCUGUCAUAGAACGGUCACAUUUCAUCCCAAAGUUAAAGUAUGUGUGUAUGCAUUGCAAUAAAUGAAUCCUAUUUUUGCGGCCUUUUAUUUUUUGCUUUGUGGAUUUUAUUUUCAUGAUAUUUAGCACAAGUAAUUGUAAAAAUUUAAAAGUAUUGAUACAUCAUUGUAGUAUUUAUAGUUUAAUUUAUACUGAUUUUAUUUUUCAAAAAAGAAUUAUGUUUUUGUUACUGUAUUACAGUAAUGAGAAUGUUUUUUUUGCAUUGUGGAAAUGAUUUUUUUGGGGGGGGGGGGGGGGGGGGGGGGUAAAUUGGCUUAUUUGUCUAAAAAUAAAUGGUCUUAAAGAUGUGAUUUUUUUUUUUUUUUUUUUUUUUUUUUUAUUGCAAAAUUUUAAAAGUUCUUUUGGGGUGAAAUAUGACUAAUUCGUGAGAUUUAUCCACCCAAUACUGACUUCUAAAAAACAAAAAAAAAAAUUUGUAUUUAUGAUCAGUGUCUAUUAAAAAGCCUCAGUGUUUCCUCACUGGAACUCUUUUCUUAUUGUGAUUGUUGACCGUGUUCAGGGUUCAAUACGAAUGUAGUACUAAUUAGUGUCGAACAUCGUAAAAAUGAGACAGUAGGAAUGAUUAAAAUCUGAAUUUUGACAUUUAGUGCCUGAAACACCAGAGAUUGUAGUAUGUUUUCCCACACAGAUAAAUGAUUAAUGGUACAUAUCGUUCCCUGGUCUCGAGGGGAAAGUAUGCGUCAUGCACAUACACACGUAGUAGAUUUAUGAGAAGUCAUAAUGUUACUUGAAAACAUGAGGGUUGUGCACAAAUACAGGCUUUAGUGCUUUAGCUUAUAGCUGUAGGAAGUAGUUUUGAAAUGAAUGAUUGUGUGUUUGUGUUCAGGUGUGUCCAAAGAGAGUGCUGUCUGUCCACCUCAUUUCUGUAUGUUUGUUCCCACUGAAACUCAUUGCUUGCACUCAUGUAUUGACUAUUUUCCUUGAGAUGGGGGUGUUGCAUUGUGGUCUUUAUACCAUGAUUCCUAUCAUUGGGAUAUAUAAUUGUUUUUGAUGAUUUCUCCCAUGUUAUCUCAUGAUAGACUGCUUAAAUUAAGGUACACUUUAACUUAAACCUGAAUAAGAAAAUAAAUGUUUGUAUAUUAUACUCCAUUAAGGAAUGUUUAGAAUAUUUCUCCAAUGUGGAUGUAGUUGUAAUACCUUUUUUUUUUUUUCUUCUCUCUUUGUACAAGAAUUCACUGUGUGAAAAUUUGGAUUGCAUUUUUGUAUAAUACAAUUGCUUUUCUUUGAGAGGGCAGGGGUAUUACUAACUGGAUUUUUUGAAUUAGAUAUCAAAAAACUUGAAAAAAUUAUUUAAUAAGAAAUGUAUUUUAUGUGCAGCAGUGAUUCUGGCAUGGAUUAUGAUUAAAUGAGAUUGUAAACCAUU